UCCCGCGCGGGAAUAUGCCCAAGAAAGGAGGGAAGCAUGCUGAAAUGGGAAAAGAAACACAGACACACUGUAAACGAGCAAAGCUGGAAGCAGCUUGUUCUCCAUCAGUCCUGUGUUUUGAGAACCCAGACAGCCUCUUCAGAAGCUUGAUCUCCCCCAUCAAAGAAGAGGUGUUUUUCAAGGAGUACUGGGAGCAAAAGCCACUGCUUGUCCAGAGAAAUGAUCCCCUGGUGGCAGCUUACUACCUGUCCCUGUUCCAGCUGUCAGACUUGAAGGAACUGUGCAGCCAGGACCUGUAUUAUGGGCGAGAUGUGAAUAUCUGCAGGUGUGUGAAUGGAAAGAAGAAGGUUUUAAAUAAAGAAGGCAAAGUGAAUUACAUGCAGCUGAAGAAGGAUUUUGACCAGAAAAAGGCAACAAUACAGUUUCAUCAGCCUCAGAGAUUUAAGGAGGAGCUGUGGAAGAUUCAGGAGAAGCUGGAGUGCUACUUUGGGUCUCUGGUGGGGUCCAAUGUUUACAUCACUCCCCAGGGAUCCCAGGGCCUUCCCCCUCACUAUGAUGAUGUCGAGGUGUUUAUCCUUCAGCUGGAAGGCGAGAAACACUGGCGGCUCUAUAAACCAACGGUGCAUUUAGCUCGGGAGUAUAAUGUGGAAUCAGAAGAUAGGAUUGGGAAUCCCACACAUGAGUUCAUAUUAAAGCCAGGUGACUUACUGUACUUCCCAAGAGGGACCAUCCACCAAGCUGACACUCCUCUUGGGACCUCCCACUCAACACAUGUGACCAUCAGUACCUACCAAAACAACUCUUGGGGAGACUUCUUACUGGAUGCAAUUCCUGGCCUGGUGUUUGACACGGCAAAAGAUGACGUGGUGCUGCGAACGAGCAUCCCAAGGCAACUGCUGAUGCAGGUGAAUACAGCUGACUCCACCAAAAAGCUGAGCAGUCUUUUGAGGAGGCUUGCAGACCACCUGGACCACACCAGGGAACUGAGGUCAUCUGACAUGAAGAAGGACUUCAUUAUGCACCGGCUGCCACCUUGCUUGGGAUGUGACUCUGGUUCCUUGACUCCAGGUGGGAAAUUGCCAAAAAUAGACAGCAAAAUCAGACUGCAGUUCAGAGAUCACGCUCUCAUCUCCGUGGAACCAGAUCAAGAGAAUGCUGAUGAAAUUCGCAGGGAGAUGGUUUAUGUGUACCAUUCCUUAAAGAACAGGAGAGACACUCACAUGAUGGGGACAGAAGAUGACACUGCUAGUGAGGAUGGCACGUCACAGCAGACUCACGGGCUCCGCUUUCCUUUGUCAUACUUGGAAGCACUGAAGCAGAUUUGGAGUAGCAGCACUGUUAAUGUUAAAGAGCUUAACCUCACCUCAGAUGAAGAGAAGGAAAACCUUGCUUUGUCCCUGUGGAGUGAAUGUCUGAUUGAAGUUCUUUGAUGCUUCUGUGAAUGAGCUGCUCCUCUAAAGGAGUGUUUCUGGCUAUUAAGCAUCUCUUAAGAGGGAGGCUUAUUAAAUUACUUCCUUGUCCAUC